AUCUGUUUUGUUCAGUCUGAUUUUCACGUGCACGUACUAACACAGAGGCUCUCGUCAACAACGUGAUGGCACUGCAUUCUGUGGAAAUUGCUCAGCAAGCACUAGAAGACACAUCUUACUGCUGGGUUUCUACUGAUGGGAGCAAGCUAAUGUUGUUUUCUCCCAGUAAGUGGGGCGGAACGAAGUGCAGGAUGCAUUUUCACUGCUAGUUACUGCUCUUUUCGGAGGAUGAAGUGAGCUUGGUGUGCUAUGGACAGUGUCUCAUCUCAGCCGCAAUCCCCCUGCGUGGAGGAAGAAGCUCCUGUGAUGGGAAACCACACUGAGCAUCAACCUGUUAAUCAGGCACUCCAGGCUUUGUUAAGUGAGGAGGCAGAUACAGCAUUGUUCCAGCGACCUGUACUCUCGGUGGAUGUGGCCACCAACACAGAGCGUCCACGCCAAUGCUGUGGCUGGCUAAAGAGGCGGUGUCUGGGUCUGUGCCCGCCAAGAGGCCUGCUGGCAUCUGUCAUUACCAAAGUAUCCAUGGCUGCAGUCUUGUUCGGCGUGGUUUGGUCCAUCACUGAAAGGGAAUGUCUUCCUGGAGGGAACCUUUUUGGCAUCAUCACAGUGUUUUUCUGUUCUGUCAUUGGAGGAAAACUAGUGGGACUCAUCCAUCUGCGUAACCUUCCAUCCAUCCCACCUCUUCUUGGUAUGCUGCUAGCAGGAGUCCUGCUGCGAAACAUCCCUGUAGUGACAAAUGCGGUCUACAUUGAUUUCAGAUGGUCUGCCUCACUGAGGAACAUCGCCUUGGCUGUUAUUCUGGCCCGAGCUGGCUUGGGACUGGACGGUUCAGCGCUGAAGAAGCUGAAAGUCGUAUGUGUGCGGGUUGCAAUGGGACCAUGUCUAAUUGAGACAUCAACUGUUGCGCUGGUCUCCCACUUUCUUAUGGGCCUUCCCUGGGUCUGGGGCUUCGUACUGGGAUUUGUCCUGAGUGCUGUUUCUCCGGCUGUGGUUGUUCCUUCCAUGUUGCUGCUCCAAAAUAGUGGUUACGGUGUGGAACAAGGCAUUCCUACGCUCCUCAUGGCUGCUGGCAGUUUUGACGACAUCCUUGCCAUAACGGGCUUUACCACUUGUCUUGGCAUAGCCUUCGCCACAGGCUCUACCUGGUUUAACAUCCUCCGGGGACUUUUCGAAGUUUUAGGCGGCAUGGCUGCUGGUGUGAUACUUGGCUUCUUCCUUCGAUAUUUUCCCAGCCAAGACCAGAAAGAGCUGGAGCUGAAGCGUUCAUUCUUGCUGCUGGGUCUCUGCGUGUUUGCUGUGUUUGCCAGUAAUGUAGCUGGAUUCCCUGGAUCAGGAGGACUCUGUACACUUGUUCUAGCCUUCCUUGCCGGCACCGGUUGGGCCAAUAACAAGACUCCUGUAGAAGAGAUAGUGGAUAAAGUAUGGGGCAUUUUACAGCCUCUCCUGUUUGGGCUUAUUGGAACUGAGAUCUCCAUUGCUGCUCUGGACCCCGGUAGAGUGGGUCUGGGUUUGGCAGCGCUUGGCAUUGCCCUUACUGUGCGAAUCUCCUUUACUUUUCUCAUGGUGCUCUGCGCUGGCUUUAAUUUUCAAGAGAAGCUUUUCAUUGCUCUAGCCUGGAUGCCUAAAGCAACAGUUCAGGCGGCGAUCGGCUCCACAGCUCUGGACAUGGCGCGUGUUAAACAGGACAAGGAGCUGCAAAGUUUCGGCAUGGACGUGCUCAGCGUUGCUGUGCUGUCCAUCCUGAUCACUGCUCCAUUAGGAGCGUUGCUCAUCGGCCUGUGUGGCCCACGCCUGCUGCGCAGACCCAAGAACCCGGACUGGGCUGUAAGUCACGGCGAGCUGUCAGCACCAGAUGCACGGGUGACAUACGAGAGCGCAAUAUGAAGCAAAUGGAACCUCCUGGGAUGGAUUUACCAGAAGAUUAAAAGUGACAUCAGAGCUUGGACUGACUCUGCUGCACGUGUGUUUUUUUCAAAUGUGUAUCACGGGGUAUUUAUGAUGCUGGUGAUCUCCAUCUACAUGCUGCUAUAGAACGCUUCUUUUCAACUGGUAGAGGCGGGUCGUGUUCGAAGAGCGACAUACUGCCAUUCGCGAUCAACCAUACGACUAGGAAUCCGAUGAGGAAUCUGUGCUCGACCAUUGUUUCUCCCACUUGCAGACACACAGCCAAUCGUGUGUCCACGUAGGCGCGCGGCUUGUCGAUAUCACAGCCGAGAUUUGAACUCAGAUCUCAGCGAUAGUGAGCAAGCGCCCUAGUGUUUAUUAUUGACAUUUUUUUACAAGAUUUGUGAUUAAUGUUCAACAUUUAGAAAUGAUUGUUUACCUUUUUUAACUUUUUAGUUGUCAUGUUGACUGAUUUUUAUUUUCUAUUUAUUUAUUUUGAUACCACAUUACACAUCUAAUGUUGCUAACAUUUAAUGAACAACUUUCUCGCCCAAAAUCAUGUGAAUAAAGUUGUAUUCAGACGUUUACAUUCACUUGUCUGGGACGUUUUAUUGACGUCUUUGGAUUUGAAUGAUUUUUGCAACUGUUAUUUUUCUAUGACUGAAUAACUGUAACACAUAUUUGUCAAAAAAAGAACAACGUACAGGUUGUGAAAUAAAUGUACUGUAGAUAAACAACAUUAUUUAUUUGAUGCUGUAUAAAGUUUUCUGACAUCAUUAAACUUUGUGGCA